GCUUCGGCUUCGGCAGCAGUGGAGGCGGCAGCGGCCGGAGGUCGACUUGCGGGGUGCGCUCGCCACCGUGGACCGGGACGCUUCCCCUAGGGGACCCUCCGUCGACACCCUCCGCCGCGCCGUCCCGCAGGAGCCGGCGGGACCCCCGGCCGGCAGGGAGCGCCGGCGGCGGCGGCGGCGGCACCAUGAGGCGGCCGUGGGGCGCGCUGCUGCUUGGCGCCCUGCUCUGCGCACACGGCCUAGCCAGCAGCCCCGAGUGUGCUUGUGGUCGGAGCCACUUCACGUGUGCGGUGAGUGCCCUUGGCGAGUGUACCUGCAUCCCCGCCCAGUGGCAAUGUGAUGGAGACAACGACUGCGGAGACCACAGCGAUGAGGACGGAUGUAUGCUCCCCACCUGCUCCCCUCUUGACUUCCACUGUGACAAUGGCAAGUGCAUCCGCCGCUCCUGGGUGUGCGACGGAGACAACGACUGUGAGGACGACUCGGACGAGCAGGACUGUCCGGCCUGACCGCUCUGUGCCCACAGCCCCGCGGGAGUGUGAGGAAGACGAGUUCCCCUGCCAGAACGGCUACUGCAUCCGGAGCCUGUGGCACUGCGACGGUGACAAUGACUGUGGUGACAACAGCGAUGAGCAGUGUGACAUGCGCAAGUGCUCCGACAAGGAAUUCCGCUGCAGUGAUGGAAGCUGUAUCGCUGAGCACUGGUACUGCGAUGGUGACACCGACUGCAAAGAUGGCUCUGACGAGGAGAGCUGUCCCUCGGCAGUACCAGUGCCCCCCUGCAACCUGGAGGAGUUCCAGUGUGCCUACGGCCGCUGCAUCCUCGAUAUCUACCACUGCGAUGGCGAUGAUGACUGCGGAGACUGGUCGGACGAGUCUGACUGCUCCUCCCACCAGCCCUGCCGCUCUGGGGAGUUCAUGUGUGACAGUGGCCUGUGCAUAAACGCAGGCUGGCGCUGUGAUGGCGACGCGGACUGUGAUGACCAGUCUGAUGAGCGCAACUGCACCACCUCAAUAUGUACGGCGGAACAGUUCCGCUGUCGGUCAGGCCGCUGUGUCCGUCUGUCCUGGCGUUGUGAUGGGGAGGACGACUGUGCGGACAACAGCGAUGAAGAGAACUGUGAGAACACAGGAAGCCCCCACUGUGCCUCGGACCAGUUCCUGUGUUGGAAUGGGCGCUGCAUCGGGCAGAGGAAGCUGUGCAAUGGGGUCAAUGACUGUGGGGACAGCAGCGACGAAAGCCCACAGCAGAGCUGCCGGCCCCGGACGGGUGAGGAGAACUGCAAUGUUAACAACGGUGGCUGCACCCAGAAGUGCCAGACGGUGCGGGGGGCAGUGCAGUGUACCUGCCACACAGGCUACCGGCUCAUCGAGGACGGACACACGUGCCAGGAUGUGAAUGAAUGUGCCGAGGAGGGGUACUGUAGCCAAGGCUGCACCAACAGCGAGGGGGCUUUCCAGUGCUGGUGCGAAGCAGGCUACGAACUCCGGCCUGACCGGCGCAGCUGCAAGGCUCUGGGGCCGGAGCCGGUGCUACUGUUCGCCAACCGCAUCGACAUCCGGCAGGUGCUGCCGCACCGCUCUGAGUACACACUGCUGCUCAACAACCUGGAGAACGCCAUCGCCCUCGACUUCCACCACCGGCGUGAGCUUGUCUUCUGGUCCGAUGUCACCCUGGACCGGAUCCUCCGCGCCAACCUCAAUGGCAGCAAUGUGGAAGAGGUUGUGUCUACAGGGCUCGAGAGCCCAGGGGGCCUGGCUGUGGAUUGGGUCCAUGACAAACUCUACUGGACCGACUCGGGGACAUCAAGGAUUGAGGUGGCUAACCUGGAUGGGGCCCACCGGAAGGUGCUGCUGUGGCAGAACCUUGAGAAGCCCAGGGCCAUUGCCUUGCACCCCAUGGAGGGUACCAUUUACUGGACAGACUGGGGCAACACCCCCCGCAUCGAGGCCUCCAGCAUGGAUGGCUCUGGACGCCGCAUCAUCGCCGAUACCCAUCUCUUCUGGCCCAACGGCCUCACCAUUGAUUAUGCCGGGCGUCGUAUGUACUGGGUGGAUGCUAAGCACCAUGUCAUCGAGAGGGCCGAUCUGGACGGGAGUCACCGCAAGGCUGUCAUUAGCCAGGGCCUCCCGCAUCCCUUUGCCAUCACCGUGUUUGAAGAUAGCCUGUACUGGACAGACUGGCACACCAAGAGCAUCAAUAGUGCUAACAAAUUUACCGGCAAGAACCAGGAGAUCAUUCGCAACAAACUGCACUUCCCCAUGGACAUCCACACCUUGCACCCCCAGCGCCAGCCUGCAGGGAAAAACCGCUGUGGGGACAACAACGGAGGCUGCACCCACCUGUGUCUGCCCAGUGGACAGAACUACACCUGUGCCUGCCCCACUGGCUUCCGCAAGAUCAGCAGCCACGCCUGUGCCCAGAGUCUUGACAAGUUCCUGCUUUUUGCCCGAAGGAUGGACAUCCGUCGGAUCAGCUUCGACACAGAGGACCUGUCCGACGAUGUCAUCCCACUGGCUGACGUGCGCAGUGCUGUGGCCCUUGACUGGGACUCCCGGGAUGACCACGUGUACUGGACAGAUGUCAGCACUGACACCAUCAGCAGGGCCAAGUGGGAUGGAACAGGACAGGAGGUGGUAGUGGAUACCAGUUUGGAGAGCCCGGCAGGCCUGGCCAUUGAUUGGGUCACCAACAAGCUGUACUGGACAGAUGCAGGGACAGACCGGAUUGAAGUGGCCAACACGGAUGGCAGCAUGAGAACAGUACUCAUCUGGGAAAACCUUGAUCGUCCCCGGGACAUCGUGGUGGAACCCAUGGGCGGGUACAUGUAUUGGACGGAUUGGGGUGCAAGCCCCAAGAUUGAACGAGCUGGCAUGGAUGCCUCAGGUCGUCAGGUCAUCAUCUCUUCUAAUCUGACGUGGCCUAAUGGAUUAGCCAUUGACUAUGGGUCCCAGCGGCUAUACUGGGCUGAUGCCGGCAUGAAGACGAUUGAAUUUGCCGGACUGGAUGGCAGCAAAAGGAAGGUACUGAUUGGAAGCCAGCUGCCCCACCCAUUUGGGCUGACCCUCUAUGGAGAGCGCAUCUAUUGGACUGACUGGCAGACAAAGAGUAUUCAGAGUGCCGACCGGCUGACGGGACUGGACCGGGAGACCCUGCAGGAGAACUUGGAAAACCUCAUGGACAUCCACGUCUUCCACCGCCGGCGACCCCCAGUGUCCACACCAUGUGCUACGGAGAAUGGCGGCUGCAGCCACCUGUGUCUUCGGUCCCCAAAUCCCAGUGCCUUCAGCUGUACCUGCCCCACAGGCAUCAACCUGAUGCCUGAUGGCAAGACCUGUUCACCAGGCAUGAACAGUUUCCUCAUCUUCGCCAGGAGGAUAGACAUACGCAUGGUCUCCUUGGACAUCCCUUAUUUUGCCGAUGUGGUGGUACCAAUCAACAUUACCAUGAAGAACACCAUUGCCAUUGGAGUGGAUCCCCAGGAAGGAAAAGUGUACUGGUCAGACAGCACGCUGCACAGGAUCAGCCGUGCCAAUCUGGAUGGCUCACAGCAUGAGGACAUCAUCACCACAGGGCUGCAGACCACAGAUGGGCUCGCAGUGGAUGCCAUUGGCCGGAAAGUGUACUGGACAGACACAGGGACCAACCGGAUUGAAGUGGGCAACCUGGACGGGUCCAUGCGGAAGGUGUUGGUGUGGCAGAACCUUGACAGCCCCCGUGCCAUUGUACUGUACCACGAGAUGGGGUUCAUGUACUGGACAGACUGGGGGGAGAAUGCCAAGUUAGAGCGGUCUGGAAUGGAUGGCUCAGACCGUACCGUGCUCAUCAGCAACAACCUAGGGUGGCCCAAUGGACUGACUGUGGACAAGGCCAGCUCCCAACUGCUCUGGGCUGAUGCCCACACGGAGCGAAUUGAGGCUGCCGAUCUGAAUGGUGCCAGUCGGCACACACUGGUGUCACCUGUGCAGCACCCAUAUGGCCUCACCCUGCUCGACUCCUAUAUCUACUGGACUGACUGGCAGACCCGUAGCAUCCACCGUGCCGACAAGGGUACUGGCAGCAAUGUCAUCCUGGUGAGGUCCAACCUGCCAGGCCUCAUGGACAUCCAGGCUGUGGACAGGGCACAGCCACUGGGUUUUAACAAGUGCAGCUCGAGAAAUGGUGGCUGCUCUCACCUCUGCCUGCCUCGGCCCUCUGGCUUCUCCUGUGCCUGCCCCACUGGCAUCCAGCUGAAGGGCGAUGGGAAGACCUGUGACCCCUCUCCUGAGACCUACCUGCUCUUCUCCAGCCGCGGCUCCAUCCGGCGUAUCUCACUGGACACCAGCGACCACACAGAUGUGCACGUGCCCGUUCCCGAGCUCAACAAUGUCAUCUCCCUGGAUUAUGACAGUGUGGAUGGAAAGGUCUAUUACACAGAUGUGUUCCUGGAUGUUAUCAGGCGAGCAGAUCUGAAUGGCAGCAACAUGGAGACGGUGAUCGGGCGUGGGCUGAAGACCACCGAUGGGCUGGCAGUGGACUGGGUGGCCAGGAAUCUGUAUUGGACAGACACAGGCCGAAAUACCAUCGAAGCUUCGAGGCUAGACGGUUCCUGCCGCACAGUGCUGAUUAACAACAGCCUGGAUGAACCUCGGGCCAUUGCCGUUUUCCCCAGGAAGGGGUACCUCUUCUGGACAGACUGGGGCCACAUUGCCAAGAUUGAACGGGCGAACUUGGAUGGCUCUGAGCGGAAGGUCCUCAUCAACACAGACCUGGGUUGGCCCAAUGGCCUUACCCUGGACUAUGAUACCCGCAGGAUCUAUUGGGUGGAUGCCCAUCUGGACCGGAUUGAGAGCGCCGACCUCAGUGGGAAGCUCCGGCAGGUCUUGGUCAGCCACGUGUCGCACCCCUUCGCUCUCACUCAGCAGGACAGGUGGAUCUACUGGACAGACUGGCAGACCAAGUCAAUCCAGCGUGUUGACAAGUACUCAGGCCGGAACAAGGAGACGGUGUUGGCGAAUGUGGAGGGACUCAUGGAUAUCAUCGUGGUUUCCCCUCAGCGGCAGACAGGGACCAAUGCCUGUGGUGUGAACAACGGUGGCUGCACCCACCUCUGCUUUGCCAGAGCCUCAGACUUUGUAUGUGCCUGUCCUGACGAGCCUGAUGGCCGGCCCUGCUCCCUGGAACCUGGCCUGCUGCCCCCAGCUCCCAGGGCUACCAGCGUGAGUGAAAGGAGCCCCGUGCUACCCAACACGCUACCGACCACCUUGCGUUCUUCUACCAGCCGGACCCGCACAUCUCUGGAGGAGGUGGAAGGGAGAUGCUCUGAAAAGGAUGCCCGGCUGGGCCUCUGCACGUAUUCCAAUGAGGCCGUACCUGCUGCUUCAGGGGAAGGACUUCAUGUCAGCUAUGUCAUCGGUGGACUCCUCAGUAUUCUGCUUAUUCUGGUGGUGAUCGCGGCUUUGAUGCUGUACAGAAGCGAGUCACCAGAUCCAGCCCACACUUACAGGUCAGGAAUUCAGAAGUUACACAAAAAAUCCAAGUUAACUGAUCCUGCAAUGGGGAACCUGACCUACAGUAACCCUUCCUACCGAACUUCCACUCAGGAAGUGAAAAUUGAAGCAAUCCCCAAACCAGCCAUGUACAAUCAACUGUGCUAUAAGAAAGAGGGUGGACCUGACCAUAACUACACCAAGGAGAAGGUCAAGAUUGUAGAGGGGAUCUGCCUCCUGUCUGGGGACGAUGCUGAGUGGGAUGACCUCAAGCAACUGCGCAGCUCCCGAGGGGGCCUCCUUCGGGAUCAUGUGUGCAUGAAGACAGACACCGUGUCCAUCCAGGCCAGCUCUGGCUCCCUGGAUGACAUGGAGACGGAGCAGCUGCUGCAGGAAGAGCAGUCUGAGUGCAGCAGUGUCCAUACCGCAGCCACUCCUGAAAGACGGGGCUCCCUGCCAGACACAGGCUGGAGACAUGAACGCAAGCUCUCCUCAGAGAGCCAAGUCUAAACGCCCAUGUUCCCCCCACCCUUCCUGCCUGUUCCUCCUCCUGGGUGGACUUGCAGCCCUCGUGCUCGCUUAUACAGCAGGCCCCUUUCCUACGUGUUCGUCCUGCUCCUCCUCCUCCCACCUCGUAACCGCUCCCAAGCCCUCCACCGGAGCUGUUUCCACCCGAGUUCCUAACUACCUGUGCACAAGAAAUGAUGGGGCAUCCUGAGAAUUUAGACCUGGAUUUUACCACGAACCUCACCUCAUGCACGCCAUCCUGAGCCCCCUUGAAACCAGGCUCAGUAACAAUUCCUCGUCAGUACAGAGCUCCACCUCCCCUUCCCCUGGCACCCUCAGUGCCUGCCCCGCAAGAGCUGAUGAUCCAGGACUGCACUUGCUCCAUCAGAGCUGGCCUGACCGCUUCUCUGAGAGAACUUGCUGACCGGGGGCUGGGGCGGGGGGUGGGGUCGGUCAUGGGUAAAGAGAGAGAUGAAGGAUAGAGGCUGAGAGAAGACGGAGUCAGCCCAGCUGGCAUGGGCAUCUGGAAAACCUCCAGCCUCGAGUGCAUUGGCAACAUGAAAAAGCUUUUAAGGGUGAUUGGGCCUGUGUGUCCUCUCCACUGCCGGCAAUGGAUAUUAUUCUUGCCCUGACAGUUGUUGUUUCUUCAGCUGCAGAUACUGAUGAGAUGUGGGUAUGGCUCAAGCUGUUCUUCCUCCUGCUAGAAUGUCUAGAGCCUUUUCUACCUUCAGAUGACUGGGGGUCCCUAUCACAUGGCAGCUGGCUAAUACGAAUUCCCUCCUGCUGCCUCCAGGUUGUGAGCUGGUGGCUUGAAUGCGUGUGGGACCCUCAGGGCUGGGUCUCUGCAGUGUCUGAGAAGCACUGCUUAGACCAAACUUAGCACAUCCCCUGAACUAUAAUGUUCUGCCACUUUCUCCUUCCUCAUUCUCUGGGAUUCUGAGCACAGAGAUCCUGAAGCAACUUUCCAAAGAAGGGCCAGAAGUUUUCAUAAAUGGUCAGGAAGAGCGAUUGGGUUAGAGACUUGAGGCACCCAGGGCCCAAAGGGAAGUAUCCAUGAAGCUGAGCCUCCUGUGUUCUCUCUCGGGUGCUCAGGGAUCUAAGUGAGUAGACAGAGAGCCUGCGGCUGUGGGUGGUGAAGUUCCCAUUCCGACUCUUCCCAGCUAAGUGACUCCCUUUUCAUGCUGAGGUGCCAUCACUUGGUUCAUGCUUAUUCACACAAAAGGCAUGUGUGUCACACUAGUGUCAGGGGAGUUGAGACUUUUUACUGUCCUAAAACUUCUACCUAGCUCUUCUUUUUUGGGGGGAGGGGGUGCCUAAUUUGCUUUUUCUGACCUAGCCUUGUGGGCACAUAUGGCAAAUAGGCCUAAAUAAAGACGCAGAGUCGGGGGCAAGGAGUAGAAAGGUAGAGAGAACCGCUGAGGAAGCCCUUUCAGCCCAGGGCAGAUCCAGACCUCUUUCACCCAGGGAUCAAAAGCAACAACAGGAACAGAAUGGAGGCGGGGGGUGCUUCGAGGGGAAGUUUCCGGAUUUGAAACACGUCCUGGGGUUCUUGGUAUUGAGAAAUCAGCUGCCAAACAUGUGAGUGAAAAGGGAAGAUCAGAGCAAACCUUUUCUGGUCAGUUCUAAGACCGCUAGAGACAGGUGCCAGGCUCUUAACCCUGCUCGCAGUAGCCAGCCCCAGGUCUAGACCCUCGUAGGACAGCCAGGCCAGGCCAAGCAGGCUUUUCCAGUACACAGAGUGGGAAAGGAAAGGUCCUCCUCCUGGGAGGAAAGGGGGACAUUUCACACUUGAUGGGGCAGUAAAAGAAGGAGCCCUUUGGGUCCUCAGACUCACAGUUGGGCAUGGGGAGAAAGUAGCAAAGUGGCAUUUUCUUGAAUGGAAAGGGGGAAGGAUCUUAUUGCACUUGGGCUGUUCAGAAUGUAGAAAGGACAUAUUUGAAGAAAUAUCUAUUUGAGCACUGAUUUACUAUGUAAAAAACAAAAUCUCUCUGUCCUAAACUAAUGGAAGUGACUCUCCCACGCUCAUGUGUAAUGGUUUUAACGUUACUCACUGGAGAGACUGGACUUUCUGGAGUUAUUUAACCACUAUGUUCAGUAAUUUAGGACUUUAUGAUAAUUUAAUAUAAAUUUAGCUUUUCUUAAUCACCUUGCCUGGCUUGGAGUCAUGUCUAAUAACUGCACCUGCUCUGUCUGGCAGAAACAUGCUGUGGAAGACCUGCUUGCAAGCAUCACCUCUAAGUCCCUUGGGGAUGUGAGGACAAUGAAGAGCAAUAAAGGGUGGGAGGUGCCUGACUGGAGGUUCAGCUCAUCUUGAGAAGACAGGUUAAGACCAGAGUUCAUGGGCUUCUGAACUCCUUAUUUCCUCUAGAGGAGGGUGGCUGAUAGCUUUCAUCUUGAGUGCCAACUCUGGUUGGUCAUGGCUGCCUGAGGUUCUGUCCAGACCCAAUGGGAAAAGUGUCAUGAUGGUUAGUGGCGUCUCCUUUGGGCACCAAAAGGAAGUGUCAUGGCAUGUACACCAUGUAUCUUCUAUUUCUGUUCUAGGUCUACGAGGACUUCAGUGUCACAGAACUUGACUUUGCCUUGCAGUGAUGGUCACUGGCAAGACUGAUGUCUUGAAAUAAAAGUACUGGGAUGGGGACAAGGAGGGCUAAUUCCAGUCCUAGAUCUGCCUCUAGCUCUGUUUGAUCUUAGUCAUGUUUCACAGUUACUCUGAGAAUGGGUCAAUCAACACUAAGAUUCCUUUUAUUUUUAAAAAGCUGUCUACUCAUAGCUCAUCCAUUACAUCUCAAGCCUAGAACAAGGCAUUGGGGAUCUCUUUUCAGGUAUCUGGACAAAUAAUACCUCUCAAUGAAGAUUGGGAAUCAUGCAAGUCUUAAUGCCAGAUAUAGAAUUUGAUGUCAAGGGUCAAUAGUUGAUUUUCUAAGCCAUUAACCAUUUAUAGAACAUUGCUCCCAUUCAUUCAUUCAUUCAUUCAUCUGCUAGGGGCUGGACACUGCCCAAGCAUGACCAAGAAAGAGUAUCACAGAGCUUAGAGUCUACCAACAACCCCACGCCCCGAAAAAAAAGAAAAAGCAAGAAGGACGGAAUCCUUUUGAAUGUAAGUGACAAGAGAUCUGAGUAUAAACUGCAGUGUAUAAUUCUUCCAACUUUGGUGAGGGAUAGGUGUGCUAGAACAAAAACAAGUGGAAUAGCUCAAGGACAACCAUCCACCAUUCUUUUUUGGAAAAAAAACCCAAAAAAACUCACAACAGAGAGAAAAGGAGGACAUUUGAAGCAAUGAAAUCUAGCCUAAUGCACAAGCCUGUAUACCUGUAGGAAGUGCCCCUUUCCAGAGCCUCAGAAUAAGUGCCCUUUUCCAUAGCCUCAAGCUAUGAACAGUGACCACUAGAGCUGGGAACUCAGGAAGAACUUUUCAAAUGGGAAGAAAAAAUGAAUGCAUUGAACACACACCAUUUGCUUGCAAAACUGCAAGUGUUUCUGGAAGAACAAAAUUUGUUGAAUGCGUUUUGCUAAACUGUGACCAUCCUGCUACUUCAGAAGGGGAUGGGAGAGGACCUGAUGGCCCAGGUCUUGACAAGAAUUUGACCACUGGCAAAUGAGAAUUUUGUAACAGCGUCAAAGACUAGCACCCUGUUUUCAGGUUAUGCUGGCUCUUAG